CAGCCACUUCCUGUUCAAGAGGCCUGCCUCUUAUGAGAGCUCUUCCAGCACUUCCUGAGUGUAGUUGUUAUUUAAGGCUGUCAUUUUGUUGCAGGCUUCUGGUUUCCUCAGUCUAGUGCUAUUGAAUCAGCAGAAUGAUCUGGAUACUUCAGCUCUUGUUUUCACCACUCCCAACUCCUGCUUUGAUAGGUCUUGUUACUUUUGGAACAACAGUCUUUCUGUGGCUGAUAACCAAACCAAAACCAAUUUCACCUCCUGUUGACUUGAAUAAGCAGUCUGUUGGCACUGAGGGAGGAGCUAGAAGAAGUGUCCUUAUGCCUGAAGGCAAACUUCUUUCUUACUACUAUGAUGAUGCAAAGACUUUGUAUGAAAGUUUCCGAAGAGGACGUUAUGUAUCAGAAAAUGGACCUUGUUUAGGAUACAGAAAACCAAAGCAAUCCUAUCAGUGGCUGUCUUACCAACAGGUGCUGGACAGAGCUGAAUACUUGGGCUCGGGCCUCAUACACAGAGGAAGUAAACCUUCACCAGAUCAGUUCAUUGGCAUCUUUGCUCAGAAUAGACCAGAGUGGAUCAUCUCUGAGCUUGCCUGUUAUACUUAUUCCAUGGUUGCCGUUCCCCUUUAUGACACUCUGGGUCCAGAAGCUAUUGUGUAUAUUAUUAAUAAAGCUGACAUCUCUACAGUGAUCUGUGACAAACCCGACAAGGCACAGCUGAUCCUUGAGAACUGUGAACAAGGGAAGACACCAGGAUUGAAGACGAUUGUUCUGAUGGAUCCUUUCGAUGACAAAUUGAAGGAGAGAGGAGAUAGCAAAGGAGUUGAAAUCAUUUCAUUACAAAACGUGGAGGUGCUAGGAAAAAACAACUUAAGUAGACCAGUUCCUCCUAAACCAGAAGAUCUUAGCAUGGUCUGUUUCACCAGUGGUACAACAGGUAACCCUAAAGGAGCCUUGCUAACACAUGAGGGUGUUGUUGCUAAUGCUGCUGCGUUCAUGAAGAGUAUAGAAAUGACUACACCUUGUCUGCCAUCAGAUGUAUCCAUAUCAUAUCUUCCUCUUGCUCACAUGUUUGAGAGAGUAGUACAGACUGUAAUGUACAGCAAUGGAGCAAAAGUAGGGUUUUUCCAAGGAGAUAUUAAACUUAUAACGGAUGAUAUGAAAACUUUGAAGCCAACAGUUUUUCCAGUGGUGCCAAGACUGCUCAACAGGGUAUAUGACAAAAUACAAAGCAAUGCCCAGACAACCUUCAAGAAGUUACUGCUAAACUUUGCCGUGGCCAGGAAGCAUGCUGAAGUGAAGGAAGGCAUUUUACGGAACACAAGCAUUUGGGAUAAGCUGGUGUUCAGGAAGGCUCAGGAAAUAAUGGGUGGGAAGGUGCGAAUAGUAGUAACUGGAGCUGCCCCAAUAUCUUCAUCUGUCCUAACAUUUCUCAGAGCAGCCUUAGGAUGUCAGAUCUUUGAAGCAUAUGGUCAGACAGAAUGCACAGCUGGCUGUACCUUUUCAUUACCAGGAGACUGGGAAACAGGUCAUGUUGGACCACCUCUAGCCUGCAACAUUGUAAAACUUGAAGAUGUCGCUGAAAUGAACUACUUUGCAUCAAAUAAUGAAGGAGAGAUUUGUGUUAAAGGGCCAAAUGUAUUCAAGGGUUACCUGAAGGAUCCUGAAAAAACUGCAGAGGCUCUUGAUAAGGAUGGGUGGCUUCAUACUGGAGAUAUUGGAAAAUGGAUGCCGAAUGGAACAUUGAAGAUCAUUGACAGAAAAAAGAACAUUUUCAAGCUAGCUCAAGGAGAAUAUAUUGCACCUGAGAAGAUUGAAAACAUCUACAUCAGGAGUCUUCCUGUAGCACAGAUCUUUGUGCAUGGGGAUAGCCUACAGUCUUUCCUUGUGGGAGUGGUGGUUCCUGAUGCUGAAACCCUUCCAGAGUUUUCUGCAAAGUUGGGAAUUAAAGGUUCAUAUGAAGAACUCUGUUCAAAUGCAGCAGUGAAAAAGGCUAUCUUGAUGGACAUGGUGAAGCUGGGGAAAGAAGGUGGCCUUAAGUCUUUUGAACAAGUGAAAGACAUCUACCUUCAUCCAGAGUUAUUCACAGUUGAAAAUGGACUCUUGACACCAACACUAAAGGCAAAGAGAGCAGAUGUAUCCAAAUACUUCAGGAGCCAAAUUGAGGCCCUCUAUGCUUCUAAUAUGUAAACAGAACAAAGGUUACCUCAGCUAAAUGUGUUUACAAAGGACCAUGAAAGCAUAUUGCAGGCACUGGAUAGUUGACUAAUGAACACCCUGAAUAAGACAACUUAAGUGUCCUGUUCUAAGAAAAACUUGGUUGGCCAAGGUAGAACCUGUUUGCAGUGCAUCUUGUGUAUAUGCGAAAAUGGCUCACAUAUUCAGGUGGAAUUUGCCAACUUGUAUUGUUUGAAAGAACUAGGGAAGUUUUGUGACUUCACAACAUUGUCCAACCUAAAUGGAAAUGGAAAGGCCUUGAUGGUUUGAAUAGAUGAACAUAGGAUUGCUGUUCUUGAGGAUGAAAUACUUUCUCGUGCAGUUAUCUAAUUCUUAAAGAUUGUGAUGUGUAAAGAGACCAUAAUGUAAUUGUACUAACCUGAUGGAGCUAGUACGAUUAAACACUAACUUAAGCUGAUCCCUGCUCAACAGAUGUACCUGUAAUAUAUUAUGAUAGGGGCCUGUAAUAUAUUGUGAUAUGCUUAAUUUGUACAGACAUACAGACCUAGAAUACAUAAUACCUCUGAGCAAAGCCAUGCAUUUCAUCUUUCUAUAAUGGGCACUCAAAUAUAAUAGUAUCAAAUGUACAUAUAUUUUUUUAAGUCAGAAUAUCCAGAUUCUGCUAAGGCACAUGCUGAUUGUAUUUCUGCUGGCUGAAAUGUUGAAUGUGAAAAAUAAAGAUAAAAUGGCACUUUCUGAAA